AUGCCGGGCCAGGGUGAUGGUAUGCAUCGAAACGUGGUAGUAGUGGAGGAGGACGAAGAAGCGAAUUUGAAGAAAUGGCUUGAUUUUAUGCAAACGAUGCUGGGUUGUUUGGGAAGCGAAGGUUUUGAAGUGGAAGCAUGUAGCAUUUCCCUUGUUCCACGGCAACUUCGACAAUCGAAAGAGGAAGCUUACACGCCACAAGUGGUCUCCAUAGGACCCCUACACAGGGGAAUUACCAGCAGCACGGACCUACUAUACAUGGAAGAGAUCAAAUGGCGCUGCUUGCUGCGUCUCAUUGAACGAUCCAAACAAGACAAAGAGCAAGUCUUGAGGAAUUGCGGCAAAGCAAUGUUGGAGAUAGAUGAAAUAGCUCGCGCUAGCUACAACGUUCAAGUUAAGUUGAACCGCUACGAGCUCGCUAAAAUCAUGGUGUUGGAUGGCUGUUUCCUGCUGGAGCUUCUCAUCGGUGGAUCAACCCAACUAAACGAACAAUUAAAGUGCAUCUCAUCAGAUAGUGAUUCUUCUCUUGUGACUCAAGCCAUAGAAAGCGAAAAGGUGUUGUUGGAUUUGAUCAUGCUUGAAAACCAGAUUCCCCUGGUGGUUCUCUCUACUUUGUCUACAAACCUUUUUCCCAAUACUUUUACAGGGGCUGCUAGUACCAGACUGAUACAUGAGCAUGCGCUUUCUAUCUUUGGCUACAGUAGUUCUCCGGAUUCCAACAUUAUCAACUCCCCCAAGUUCAAAGGCUUUCAUUUUCUUCAACUUGUUCACUCCUUCAUAGACACGGAAAAUGAUGCUAUCUGGCAGCAACCAACCACGGAAUUGCAAAUACAGAUUCCGGAUGAAAGUCCUCAAAAAGUAAAACUAGAGCGAUGUGCUACUUUGCUCGAAGCAGCUGGGGUUACAAUUAAACCAGCAAAGGCACAGUACAAGGCUAAGACUAGGUUUGACUUGAAGGUAACAUUCAGAGACGGGAAACUAAGAAUUCCGCAGCUACAUAUUACCAAAACCACCGAAGCAAAGUGGAGGAACUUAAUUGCUUGGGAGCUGAACAGUGCUACCCUAGAAAAACAGCGCGAGUUGAAAACAGACAGAAUUAGCUGUCAAUUCAUUUCUUAUGCUUGGUUCUUUCAAAGUUUGACUUGUUCCGUCCACGACGUUAAACUUCUUCGCGAUAGAAAGGUUAUAACGGUAGAAAAAGAGAGGACUGACAAAGGCAAAAAGAAAAAAAUAAUGAGCAACAAGGAUUUAAUGAAUUUGUUUCUCAGUAUCACAGAGGAAUUUCCUGAGGUUGAGAUUCAAGUGGAUUCCCGGUUUCGUCAUGUAAUUGAGAAAUUGAACUCGUACCCAACUCAAGAAGAUCGUUCCAUGGCAACUUGUUGGAAAAUCAUCGCAUAUGGUGUCAGGGGACCCAGUAAAAUCAUGUGGCAUUUUUUCAGACGCUUUCUAACAUGGAUUUGGUGCAAAUGGAUUGAGGCAUAUGGGAUUUUGAAACGUGUUUAUAUCCCUAGCGGCUGGAGACUAAUAGCGGUGCUUGCUGCUGCGGCGGGGCUUGCCCUCACUGCCAUUCAGACAUAUUAUUCAAUCCGCAACUAG